AUGUCGUAUGAGAUGAAGCAGAUUGCAGGUCAAGAGCUGCUAUGCUCAAUUCUAGAGAAGUGGCUGGAAAUCUUGAAGAUAUUCAGGAAAGUAGUUCCCGAGGGAAAUAGAAGAAACCAGACCAAUGUGGAUGUGAUCGUGUGGCUGUACGAUGUCGAAAACGUGAUUGAUAAUUUGAAGGACAUACUGGAUGAAUUUGAGUUGAUGGCUGCUCGUCAGCGUCGGACCACAGGCAAGGAAAGUUCCUUAACGAAGAUCAUCCCUGCUCGUUUCACAGGUUCGAAUCGCAAUGCUGUGUUGGAUGGUGAUUUGAGCUCUAACAUAAUGGAUAUAACUAACCGAUUGGAAGAACUCGACAGGACAAGAAAUGCACUUGGACUGAGAGUCAUUCCUGGCCCUGUCCCUUCGCCAUUCUACUCAAGUGCAACAGCGUACCGUCCGUACCCUGAAUCUGUUUUUCCAAAUGAACCUGCUAUCUAUGGCAGGGACAGAGAUAAAAUGGAUACCAUAAUGGAUACAGUUAAGCGAUUGAAAGAAUUCAAUACGAAAAGGGAUGCACUGGAAAUUAUGACUUACUCUGCGCCAGCCAAAGUGGUAAUCAAGAGAGGACUGGAUUCGAAGAGCGAACCUACUAUUUAUGGAAGGGACGAAGAUAAAAUGAAAAUUCUUGAAUUGGUGCUCAGAGAUGAACCAAGUGAUGCCAACUUUAGCAUAAUACCCAUUAUUGGCGUUGCAGGAGUUGGCAAAACAACGCUUGCUCAGCUUGUGUACACUGACAAGACAGUAGAACACUUCAAGCCCAAGGCGUGGGUUUCUGUUUCUGAGGACUCUGAUAUUUUCAGAAUCUCCAAGGCUAUUCUAGAAUCAAUCACUUCUAGAUCCUGCGGUCUAAAGAAUUUAAAUGAAGUACUGGUUCAACUAAAAGAAGCACUAGUUGGUCGAAAAUUCUUGCUAGUCUUAGAUGAUGUAUUGAGCAAGAAGUAUGGCUUGUGGGAAACUCUCAAGUCUUCUUUGAUAGUUGGUGCCCCAGGAAGUAAGGUAAUUAUGACAACACGUGGUGCAGAUCUUAUGAUAUCAAUGGAGUCCAAUAAUAUUCAACCUUAUAACUUGGAGGUUUUACCCGAUGAUGAUUGUUGGUCUGUAUUUGCGAAGUAUGCAUUUGAGAGAGAUUGUGAUGCAUGUAAGGAUUUAAAUUAUGUUCGCAACUAUGAAUUUGGGAGAACUGAUCAUAUGCAUAAAACUUCAAAAUUAAUUCGUGAGCAAAUUGUUCAAAAGUGUAGAGGCUUACCCUUAACAGCAAGGAUUUUGGGUAGUCUUCUACGCUCUAAACGGAGUCAUGUUGAGUGGGAAUAUUUAUUGAAAAGUGAAAUAUGGGAUUCAGCUGAUGACAGUGAGAUUCUCCCAGGACUAAAGUUAAGUUACCAAGAUCUUUCUUCAAAUUCAAAAGUUUGCUUUGAUUAUUGCGCAAUUUUACCAAGAGAUUAUGAGUUUGAAGAAAAGGAACUUGUCCAUCUAUGGAUGGCAGAAGGUAUUCUUGGAGAUUCAUGGGACAAGGAGCAUAUGGAAGGUAGAGGCCGCUGGAUUUUUAAAUAUCUACUGGAAAGAUCCCUUCUUCAACGAUCAAGCUCUAAUGUCUCUAAAUUCAAAAUGCAUGACCUCGUCAAAAAUAUGACUCAAUGGGUUUCUGGAGAAAUAGAUUUUAGAUUGGAAGAUAUUUCAGGGGCAAAUGAGCAAGCAAGAAAGUUCAGAAGGACUUCUCGGUAUUAUACUUGUGCUAGUUGUGAUGGGUUAGAUAAAUUUGAGGAACUCUAUGAAGUUGAGCACUUACGGACAUUUCUGCCAGGACUCCUAUGUCGUGAUGAUACCCAUUAUAUUACUGAUGAGCUUCUUUCAGAGUUGCUGCCAAAGAUGGGAAAACUACGGGCGUUGUCUUUGGAAAAACAAAAUAUUACUGAGUUACCCAAUUCAGUUGAAGGUCUGAGAUAUCUAAGAUAUGUCAAUCUUUCAAACACUAUGAUCAAAAGGUUACCUGAUUCAGUAUGUUCACUACUGCUCUUGCAAAUUCUACUUCUAAGAGAUUGCUCUUGUCUCAUAGAGUUGCCUUCUGACUUGAGGGAUUUGAUCAAUUUAAGACAUCUCGAUAUUAGCGGUGUCAAUCUAAUAAAAGAGAUGCCAUUCGGAAUGGAAGAGUUGAAAUGUCUCCAAAUAUUACUAAAUUUUGUUGUGGGCAAAGGCAGAGGAUCUGAUUUGAAUUGCUUGAAGAAAUUAAAGUUUCUUCAUGAAGUUUACAUUUCAGGUUUGCACAAUGUAAUUGCUCCACAAGACACAGAGGACUUCUUAUUAAUUGAUAAGAUAUAUCUGAAAGUGCUGCUACUAGAGUGGGAAUCUCAGUUGGAUGACAGACGAAAUCAGCUGGUGCAAGAGAAUGUACUGGAUGUGUUACAACCUCAUGCAAAUCUGGAAGUACUCAACAUCAAAGGCUACAAUGGCACAAGAUUUUCAAGCUGGGUUGGAGAUUCAACAUAUUCUAAAAUGGUGGUCUUAACACUGGAAAGAUGUGAAAAAUGCACAGUCCUGCCUUCACUUGGAUGUUUAGGCUCACUUAAACACCUCACCAUCAAAGGAAUGACGGGAAUAAAAAGGAUAGGUUCUGAAAUUUUUGGAAAAUAUUGCUCCAAUCCUUUUAAAUCGCUGGAGACUCUUUAUUUUGAGGAUUUGCAGGAAUGGGAGCAUUGGGAUCCUGUUAAAGAAAAUGAACAUGUUGAAGUAUUUUCUUGCCUGCGUGAGCUUUCCCUUUUGAAAUGCCCCAAACUCCGUGGAAAAAUACCUGAACUUCACCUUUUUCAGUUUAAACUUACAAUUCAGGAAUGUGGGCAUUUAGAGGUUUCGUUCCCAAUCCUCCCAAUGGUUUUGUGA